AUGAGUGCUUCCUCAUGGGAGAUACAGGAGGAUCGUUUUGAUGACGUUGACUCGGAAACUGACGAAAAAUCUGUCUAUGAAGAUGAUGUCUACAUUGAUGACCAUUCAUUUGUGGAGCGUGAAAAAUUGAAUGAAAUAACAAAAAUUACUAAUCACUUGCCAUCGAGGUUGUCGACUAUAGCGGAGGAAUCAAAUAUUGUGACAGAAGGAAACGAAAUUGGCGCACAAAAAGAUAUAUAUGUUGACUCAGUAUUUGAAUCUGGUUUGAGAAGAGAACUAAGUGGUGAAAAUGUGAGUGUAAUCGAUGGAAGUCCGCUAUUCAAAGGCAUUGAAAGGCUGCAGCGUGAUCAAGAGUCAUUUUAUAAGCACAAGCAUCUAGCAAAAGAUGACUUCCGCUUCAAUCAAUCAAAUCUGGAAAAAGAAAAUAAUUGGGAGCCAUCAAUUCAUCAUUCUCCUCCACCAACACCAAAAAUCUGCGUCGAUCAACUUGCUGCUUUUAACAUGACGGAUUCCCAUUUAAUACCUGCCACAUUAUCUACUGGAAAAGAAACAAACCAGGAUAUUGAAAACACACCACCCGGUACUUCCUCAUACAUGCGACACUCGAAGAGAAGAAAUGAACCGACGCAGAAUUUUGGCGAACCUAAAAUGUCUACUCCUAAAUCAACAGAUACUUCGCUUCAAAAUUUGAGUAUAAAUUGCAUUUCAUCAAUUUGUCCGGAAACAGUUUCACCUAAGUCUAUUCAUGGAAUGAAUUUAAAAUUCAAUGGUCCUUUUAUGACGCAUCAUAGAAUGUCCAGAGUCAUGGAAGAACCAUCGUUAAGUAGUUCUGCUAUCGACAGAGUUCUUGAGAAGGAAAAUUUUGACAGUGAUGACGCACUCGUUGAAGCAUUGUUACAAGCUAAAAGGCGACCUCGUCUGAAGUUGAAGUUUCCUGAAAUAACUGCAAGAGAGCGGACUAGAACAAAUGACCAAAUAGAACGUUGUUUAACAAGACGUGAAGAGUCAGCUGAUGCGGUGGACAGUGUGGAUAAGGAUUCGAAUGCUAAUGAUCAUAAUCAAAUGCAAAAGGUGGUUACCAGACAUGACCGUUCAGGCAUAACAAAUAAAACAAAGAAGCUGAAAACUGUACAAAAGUUGAAUUCAUUGCGGGAAAGUAAUAAUGCAGGAGAUGUGCCACCAGCCUUAAAAACAAAAUGGAAAAGCGGAGGUCUGAAAGCGCACAGUGAUUGUUCGCUUGCGGAAAGUCAAGGCAAAUUUUUGUCCUGUGAUCAGCCUUUUAUUUAUUUUGGAUUUGUCGACGUCAAAUGUCGUGUAAAUCGAGCAGUUAGAUUGCGAAAUAUCAGCUCAAAGUCGCUAAAUCUUAGGCUACAGUUGCAUAGCAUGAGCAGGGGAUAUGAAAUUCCUUUGAUCGGAAGUGGUGGAGUUGCUGGUUUACGCGUUUUGACACAGUCUGGACUAACUAUGCUGCGUGAUGGCUCAUUUGUUUUGACAACUCAAGGAGUUACAAAUAUUAGUUUUGACGUUGAAAAUAAGGGUCUAAGAGAUGCAUUUGUGCGUAUCGUUGUUAUGAAUAAAGAGACAAAAAAAGCUGUUGGUCGAUGCACUAUUAUGCCAUCUAAUUGUGUUUCCAUCUUGCAUCGCACCAAACAAAAGUUCACUAUUGAAGUUCCUUCUUUCUGUGGUGAAGAAAGCAAUGGUAAUUCAAAUCGUUCAUUUCCUUCCUCUUCGUUUUCAAUGCCGUCAGCAACAGGGAAUACUCAAUAUUAUGUCCAGCUACUGUGGGGUGAAGAGGCACAAAGACGCCGACUUAAAAGAUACGAAGAUAUGAAAUGUGCAAAUUUUACUUUCAAUGGGCAUACCUUUACAAAGUGCAAAUUCAUAAAUGAAGAAAAAUGUAAAUCCACCGCUUCCGAAAAUAUUUGUUGUGGCUUCCAUGAUCGCGAUGCAUUUGAGUUGGGAUUGAGAGUAACUUUGAUAUCGGUUGUGGAUAAUCGACUUUCAUUGUUAUCCCGGAACAGUUAUCUUCCGCAAGAGGAGAUACUUGCUGCAAGUGUCAUUCUUGAACCAAAUGCAACCCUGUUGCCACCAGCAGAUAGCAAUAAAAGUAUCGUCGAAGAUGUGUCCACCAUUUUUAGUGCUAGCCGUAUCUUGUAA